AAACACAUAGUGUUGGAAGAGAUGGAGAGAGAGAGCCAAAACGGUGAGUAUGAUGGUAGCGUCAUGACGGAGGAGCAAAUGGAGAUUCUACGUAAGCAGAUCGCCAUUUACGUCGUUAUCUCUAACAACCUCCGUCUCCUCCACCAUUCUCUCUCUUCUUUCAAUCCUCUCUCAUCAGGAAUGAAUCAAACCGGGCUCGGAAACUUUGAUCAGAUGGUGGCAUCGUCAAGUGGUCAUAGAAUGUCGACACGGCAACGAUGGAAUCCGACAUCGACGCAGCUAAAGAUUCUUGAGAGGAUUUACGAGGAAAGAAGGGGAACACCAGAUCCACGGAGAGUUCGAGAGAUUGCGAAAGAGCUGUCUGAACAUGGACAGAUCACGGAGAAAAAUGUGUACAAUUGGUUUCAAAACCGAAGAGCUCGGUCCAAACGAAAGCAGCCUCAAACGACGACGACCAUGGCUGGCCAGGCGGAUGAUGCGGCGGUGGCGACUGAGGAUGAGGAGGAGAGGAGGAGUUGUGAAGUUUCUGGAGGGUUUGAGUCUUACGACCAUAUACUCUUCCCGACUCCUGAUUUGGGGAUUGAGGAUUUGUUGAGUGGGGGAAGAAUCUAG